GCCCGGCCGGCCUCGCCGCCCGCCAUCCCGCCCGCCGCCCGCGGCCGCCCGCCCGGCCCGGCCCCGGGCUCGUCCUGCGCGGCGUCGGCGUCGGCGUCGGCGGCGGCCGGAACAUGGUGGGGGAGAUGGAAGCCAAGGAGAAGCCCAAGCCCAGCCCCGAUUACCUGAUGCAGCUCAUGAACGACAAGAAGCUCAUGAGCAGCCUCCCCAACUUCUGCGGGAUCUUCAACCACCUCGAGCGCCUGCUGGACGAAGAAAUUAGCAGAGUACGGAAAGACAUGUACAACGACACGCUAAAUGGCAGUACAGAGAAAAGGAGCGCAGAGCUGCCUGACGCUGUGGGACCUAUUGUUCAGCUACAAGAGAAACUUUACGUGCCUGUAAAAGAAUACCCAGACUUUAACUUUGUUGGGAGAAUCCUUGGACCCAGAGGACUUACGGCUAAACAGCUUGAAGCAGAAACAGGAUGCAAAAUAAUGGUCCGAGGCAAAGGUUCCAUGAGGGAUAAAAAGAAGGAGGAGCAGAACAGAGGCAAACCCAAUUGGGAGCAUCUCAACGAAGACUUACAUGUGCUGAUCACUGUGGAAGAUGCUCAGAACAGAGCUGAGAUCAAGCUGAAGAGAGCUGUGGAGGAAGUGAAGAAACUACUGGUGCCUGCAGCAGAGGGAGAGGACAGCCUGAAGAAGAUGCAGCUGAUGGAGCUUGCAAUUCUCAAUGGUACCUACAGAGACGCCAACAUCAAAUCACCAGCCCUUGCCUUUUCUCUUGCAGCGACAGCCCAGGCUGCUCCUCGGAUUAUCACCGGGCCUGCGCCCGUCCUCCCACCAGCUGCCCUGCGUACCCCUACGCCAGCUGGUCCUACCAUAAUGCCUUUGAUCAGACAAAUACAGACCGCGGUCAUGCCAAACGGAACUCCUCACCCGACCGCUGCAAUAGUUCCUCCAGGGCCCGAAGCUGGUUUAAUCUACACGCCCUACGAGUAUCCCUACACACUGGCACCAGCCACGUCUAUCCUUGAGUACCCCAUUGAGCCUAGCGGCGUAUUAGGUGCGGUGGCCACCAAAGUCCGAAGGCACGAUAUGCGCGUCCAUCCUUACCAAAGGGUUGUGACCGCAGACCGAGCCGCCACCGGCAACUAACCUAUGACCUUCUGACCUCUGAACUCUUCACCCAAUGACGACCUGACCAUGCCUGCCUGCUGAUCAGUUAACCGGUAAUCGCCUUUGCUUGUCUGUCGCCAGCGCAGCGAGCUGAGGCACAUGUCCGUUCGUCUUACCAUCUAACCAAACAAAAAGACAAAGAAAUGGUUGUCCUCCGACUCAGCUUUUGUUCUGUUUUUCUUUCCUGUUUGGGUGAAAGUGGUUCUAGCCCCCGCACUGACUAGUAGUAAAGCAAUAAGGCCCGACCCACCCUCAGCACUGGUCACCUUUCUAAGCGCCCACCCCGAGCAGACGGUAAGAAGGUCUCCCUUGACCAGGGGAGUGGGCGGCCCUCCGCCGCGCCACAGCCGCAGCCCUGAAUGUACCUACCGUGUGGUGAGACAUCAUGCAUGAACCUUCAGUCGGGGGUGUCACUGGGGGGCGGCGGGCGGUCUCAGACGUCGUCCAGAUGCCGUCUGCUCCGUGGUCACUACAGUGCCCUCAGAGGCAGAUUUGGGCACAGCCUUUGGUAUCUGUAUAUUGCCUGCCAAAAUCUGAAGUCUCAGACGUGUGCCAUGAGAGGGGAGACCCAACCAGGAAUUCUGAAACAUGACGCAAAGCGCAAAACUGCAGCACUAUAUUUUAACAAGAGAUACUCUCUGAGUGAAAAUGACUGAACCUUUAUUUUACACCUCCUUACAAGAAAACAGAAACAAACAAACAAACAAAAAACCACGAGAACAAGGUACAUGCAUUAUGUGUCACGUUACUGGGCAAACUGUUCAAAUAUUUUUUUUAGUCCUCCCUGUAUAGAAAAAAAAUCAUUAAGGAUGUAAAAGCCAUGCUUGCCUAUUUGCUGUAUACAUGUAAUGAACUUGUAGAUAAAAGUGUAGUGCAUUGAAACAAAUGAACAAAAAGUAGAUAAUUUUACUAUACAAGGGUGCUGGUGCAGAAAAAUAUAUAUAUUUUUGGAAAUGUAGCAUUUUAUACUUUCAAGUGUUAUAAAAAAGAAAAAGAACAAAGAAACCCUUUAUUUCAUUAAAUGAUUUUUUCUGGUGGUUGUCAAGAAACAAAAGACCAAAAGAGCCUUUUUUGUCUUUCUUUUUAUUUUUUAAGUAUUGGAAUAAGUCUAAAGAAGAGAAAGUGCCUUAUUUUCCCUUCAUGGUCACUUAGUCCAGUGUCUCAUAAGAUAAGCCCCUCCCUCAGAGAGCCCAGUGUGUGAGAGAGGAGGGGUGGGCACGGGGGCAAGUUGAUGGUCUGAAUAUAUGAUUUUGGCCACGUUACCUUGAUGCAAAUUUGCCAAAUCUGAUACUGUGAAAAAAAAAUUUGAUAAUUUUUCUAAUGCCUGACACAUUUUAAAGCAUCAUUCUUUUAAAAUCAUAAUGGAGUGCUUUUGGUUACUGCAAUAUUAAAUGUUAACCCAGAGUGUUCUGAGAUAAAGAUUAUGUGUGCUCUGAACCUCAGUUUACAGUCAAAAUUAGAAUUCCCUCUCUCCCUUUCCCCCUCUCUCUCUCUCUCUCUCUUUCUCUCUCUCUCUCUCUAUCUAUCUCUUUCCUUUUUUUUUUGUGGGAGGGGGGAUUUGCUAUGGGUCUUUUUCUUAUUAAUUGGAAAUAAUAGUAUAUUCUUAACCAACAAAGUUGUAAUCUUUGUGAUUUUCAUUCUGAAAGACAUUAGUUUUAAAUGAUCCAAAUGUAACCAGCCUUGUUUCCACCGUUCCCUGUAGUGUGGGCCACCCAUCUCUUUGGUCUUCACUACCUGAGCUGUUCCCCACCGCACCCCCCCUGCCAGCUUUUCACAUUCAGAGAGUGUGGAGCGGUCCCAUCGUUGUGCAGAGAAACACUAUUUGAUGCCUAUGCACCCAAGCUUCCUUUUUCUCACGGAGUUCAGCUGGUUUCGUAAUGGAAGCACUUUGGCGCAGAGCCAGCAUGGUGACCUUCAGUACAUAGUCCUUAGCUGCUCAGAUGUGGCAAAUAGCAAGUCUUGAGGGCCGUGGCUCCCAGCACAUCAACUCAUGCCCGCACCCCCCCCCGCCCCCCCCCCCCCCGCCUCUGCCGAGCUCAGCGGGCACCUCCGUGGGUGGUGACCGCCCUACCUGUCUCACCUGGAGAACCUGUUCAGUUCUUACUAUGCAAUAGACACCCUGCUCCGCACUCAGCUGGCCUCGGUGUUGUGCGACACUGCUGUGUCUCUCUGCCCCACACACCGUGUUUGGAUUGAUUUGCAUUCUACGCUAUGCCAUCUUGACUUUUUAUUUUGUUUGGUUGUUUGAAUAAAAUCGCGACACUCAGACACUUGAGGUGAUAGUUAGUAGUUUGAAAGUGACGCCAGUGUUUGAGCCAGCUUUCAUCUCAACUAUGUCAUACCUGGACAUCUUAGAUGUGUAUCAAAGGUCUUUCAUGGGGAAGAAAGGAAGUGUAUGAAAUAAACGGCAAGUUGUGAGUGAUGUUGGCUCUGGAAAAACUUUUGCAAACUUAGUUGACAAAAUUUUGGAUCAACUGAAAAAAAAAAGCAUGACUUUUGAAAUCUCUGGAUGCCUUGGUUCUCAGUAUUAUCAUUCUUUAUUGAAUUUAUUUCUUAUUAAAAUAUGUAGUUUUUAAGACUUUUUUUUCUGACAGUAUUAUGUACUUUUUUAGUGUGGGUAGAUGGGAGUGUCGCUUGUAGGUCACUACCGUACAGCUGACAUGUAUUUUUGUCUGUUCUUUAUUAUCUUAGUCGUUUCAUGCUCUGUAUGUACCAUAACCAACCUAUUGCCUAUGAGAAACAUGUAAGAUAAUGUAUUUACAGCCAUUGUUACAGUUUAUAAUGUAUUUUUCUAUCUUGUUUUAUAUGUAUGUUAUAUAACAUUCAAAAAGAAUUUUUUUCUUGAUUGAGAAAAGGAUACAAACUGCAGAAAUCCACGAUUUUGAUAACUGAAUAUCGCCAAUUGUUUUGCAGAACUUUAUUAUAUUGGGUGUCUUGUCUUUCUUGGGCUUUUAGUUAGGUAAUGAAUGAAUACAUUAGACACUUUUGGGUUUUAGUUGGGAUUUUACGUAGCUUGCAUUUUAAUUCUUGGGUUCUUUGCUGUUUCUAUUAACCCAUAGCAUUAUUUUAAUAAAUGUUAUAAUGCCAACCUACUAACUCUGGACUAUGUCUGUUUAUUAACCUUUACAUGUUUAAUUACAAUAAACAAAUAAAGACAAAGAAUGUAAAGUCUUGAAUUACUGGACUAACCCUGGAGAGCGUGGCCACAGAUAACAGCGUGCCUGUUUCCCUGUUUGUCAGCUGACGCCCUCACUGCUGUUAAAAUGGCUUUGGCCGGCAGGCCGGGCACCAGUGGGGAGGGAGGGGCACAGAGUAGCAUAGCGGCGGUUCUAGACUUGAGUCUGCAUUACUAAUCGCACACCUUUCCUCUCCUGCCCCUGAGUAAUCACUGUCUGCCCGCAGCAUGAGCAGCAGAGAGACCAGGGCAAGGACUCGCCCUGGGGAGCCAGUCUGACUCUGUUGCUGUUUCUGCUGCUUCUUCAUAGUGACCAUGUGGUCCUGUCAUAAAUGGGAGAGUCUGAUGGCAUCUCCCGUCUCCACAUUCGUGUUUGAGUCGUUUACUUGUCUUCACAUCAGGGGAGCUCAGCACAGGUUGUUUUUUUUUUUUCUUGGGGGGGGGGGGCAGGGGGAGAAUGGUGGCAGCGGAGGGAGGCAGUGGGGAGGCCUGUGUCACAACAAGCAGGUGUGAGCCCUGGCAAAGACCCAUAUGGACUUGUCUCUCUGUCUCUCUCUCUCUCUCCCCCAAAAGAAUACAUAUGCGAGAAGUUAAGACAAAACAGCUUUAAAGAGUCGCAUACCGCUAUUUUCUCUCUUGUUUUCAAAGACUGACUUGUUUAUGAGGUAAUGAGUCAGAAGGCCAGAGAUCAGACUCUGGGCCUCGCGCUUGAGAGUCCAGCACUUGACCCACUGGACCACACGUCAUGCAGUUCUUAACUGCCGGUCGGUCUGAGUUUCAUUGAAUCUCGGGGAAGAGGGUUAAAAAAGAGAUGUUAAAUCUCAUCAAGCUUGUAUUGGCUACAACGUCGGUAAAUCGGCCUCUAUUCACAGAUUCUGGAGCUUUUGAGUUUCACUCUUACAUCACAAAUAAUGAGGUGGUUCCCUUUUUCUGUGAAACGGCUCUCCUGGAUAAUUAAAAAAAUCUUAUGGGUGAACA